CUGAAUCCAUUCCCUCAUUCAUGUAGUUAUCUUUAUGGAAUAAUGUAAUAUAAUCAUCUUUUUUAUGAAGGAAGUUAUAAGGCGUGGUCUUCAAGUGGCUGUGGCUGGGAUUCCGAAAACAAUUGAUAAUGAUAUUGCUGUGAUAGACAAAUCUUUUGGAUUUGAAACUGCUGUGGAAGAAGCCCAGAGAGCCAUUGAUGCUGCUCAUGUGGAGGUUGAAAGUGUCGAGAACGGAGUUGGAAUUGUGAAGCUGAUGGGAAGAUACAGUGAAAAUGGGAGCUUUUAUCUAUGAGUGAAAUGUUGUUAUUAGAACUUUACAAGGUUCCAUAUGCAGGUUUCAUUGCAAUGUAUGCAACACAAGCAAGUCGAGAUGUGGUAAGACAUUUAUCUAAUGUCAGCACUUAUCAGUGAUGGUCACAUUUGAACUGAUUCUUUUGGUAGUGUAAAAUUUCUAUUUCAUUAUUGUUUCUUUUUGUCAUGCUAGAAAUUAGUGUGAUACAUAAACUUUAAGACUAAAUAAAGGGAUAUUUUUAAGUGUACCCUAUGUGGAUGUGAUCAUUGUAUUUAUAUUCAGUAAAUUUGGAUAGCAGUACAAUGCUGUGAAAGAUAGUUACAGAGGACAAACACUAACUGCACACUGCUGACAAAAAAAAAGCAUUGGCGAGGCAUUU